AUGAUCGAAGGUCCUCAAGCGGACACUGGAAGGGAAAAGAGCUGCCUCGCGACCCCAAGUGGCUCAGGAAUCUUUGCAAGGUCACCCGAAGUUACGUGGACCGAGACAAGUGUAACUGUUACUGGUUCACCGCGGGAGCCUUUUGGGAGGACACACCUUAAAGCCAUUGAUGUCAACAUGAACAAAAUGACUGAUGUCGCCAUGACUCUUUCUGUGGUUGCUCUAUUUGCUGAUGGCCUAACUGCUAUUAGAGAUGUGGCUUCCUGGAGAGUGAAGGAGACCGAGAGGAUGGUCGCGAUCCGGACUGAGCUAACUAAGCUCGGUGCAUCAGUUGGGGAAGGUCCUGAUUACUGCAUCACAACGCCACCAGAAAAGCUGAACAUAACCGCAAUCGACACCUAUGACGACCACAGGAUGGCCAUGGCCAUCUCCCUCGCCGCCUGCGCCGAGGUGCCUGUUACAAUCAGGGACCCCGGGUGCACCCCGGGCAGCAGGAGGCGUUUGGUGGAGUAGGGACGCCUGUGGGGAUGCAGGUCUGGCCACCGGCCAGCCUUGGUCGCCGGCGAGGCAGGGGCGCUGCUGCCCCUGUUCCUCUGCUAGGUGUGUGCGACCGGGAGACAGAGAAAGAAGAA